UUUAUUUCUCUCCCUGUUUAGAUUUUUUUGCUGUUUUCUUGUGUUUUCUCUCUAUUUCUUUUAGCGCGAGGAAAUAGAGUAGGGAGAAAAGAGGGAGAAAGGGAUUUGAAUCCAAGAAGGGAGGAAUUGAAGGGAGAGAAUAGAUUAACGGAUCCAAACCCAAUUUUUCUUUGACCUUUUGGGAGGUCGCAGUGGCUUCAACGGUGGUGGUGACGUUUGUUUUGGGCUUUACGGGCGUUUAUUUAACAAUGCCCGCCUCUGAUUACAGCUUCCUCAAAUUACCCAGGAACCUUGAAGAUCUUCAAAUCCUCAGAGAUAACCUCGAAACCUACACAGCCGAUUACACCUUACAAGUCUUGGUGUGGUACAGUGUAGUCUAUAUUUUCAUGCAAACUUUCAUGAUUCUGGGAACUAUUUUCAUGUCGUUGUUUGCUGGAGCAUUGUUUGGAGUUUUGAAAGGUAUAGCUCUUGUUGUUGUCACUGCCACUUCCGGUGCUUCUUCUUGCUACUUCCUGUCAAAAAUUGAUUGGGCGAUCUCUCGUCGUAUCCCUUUGGCCUGACAAGCUGAGCUUCUUCCAAGGCCGGGUGAU